AUUGCUCUGCAGUACAUAAAAGGCUAUGAAGGCCAAUGUAGUGAAGUUGGUGACAUGAAAAAGCCCCCAGAUUCUGACUUUGCAGACAAAUUUGCUCCCAACUGUGGUGUCCUAGCCCAGACUCUUACUCCCAUCACUGGUCGCUUUCUUGGUUGCCAAUCCAAAUAUGUUUCUCCCGAUGAAGCCUUCUCCAGUUUCAUCAUCCAGAAUUCAGAGAGUCUUAAGAUCCUUCAUGAUAAAAACCACACAGAGGUCGGUGCAGCUGUAAGUGGCACUGAUGGCGGGUCACCAUACUUUUGGUGUGUUCUGUUUAGCAAUGGCAAGAGGAACAGUAGUUUUGCCUUUGAGAAUGGGCAGGCAAAGUCAGUUCAUCCUGGUUGCUUCAGCGGGAACAAUGAUGAUUGUAGUGCUUCAACCAGGCUAGCGAUCAUCUGGCCAUUGCUUGCUGUGGUUUUCUUUGGAGUGCUUUAUGUUCUU